AUGAUGGGAAAUGUUGGGGAAAUCUACACAAACAAUUGCAAGUGCAUUGGCGUUAUAAAGGCUAUUGCUCCAAAUGGUAAUUUUGGCCUGACUUGCGUAAGAACCAUUCGGUACGACUCGACCCCUGAGACGUACGAGAUCGAUGAAGAGAAAAUGGUUCCAUUAUCCGAAAUUAAAAAGAUAAUUCUGCGGAAUGUCGAUCCAAGUGAAUGCCAGAAAGCCGAGCAAAGAAUUCAGGAAAAUCCUUCCGCUGAUUCGCAUUUAACGUCGCCUGAUGACCCGGACACGUGUCUAGAACAAUAUUUCCAUUCUGUUGAUGAGGCGGAAGCCUGUUCACUUAAUUCGGAAGAAAACUUUCCUCCCGAAGACAUGUUCGAAAUAAAUGAAAAGCGGUUUAAUGUAACCUCUUCGUAUCAGGCGUCACUCGAAGGCUAUACAAUGCCGCUUGAUAAAAGUGACCCAGAUUUCAAAGCGAAAGAGGAAAUGUGCGCUAAAAUAGCACAGGAGAUCGAGGCAGGUGGUGAUGCCAACGCCUGGGAUGCAAUGAUUGAUGAAGACGCAGAAUGUAAUGAGGAACUCCAAUUUAGCGCUGUACUAAAAGAGGGUGAACCUGGUCGUGACAUAAAGGCUUUCACCCGCGGCGGCCGAAAGUGUCCUCGAGGGGGCCAGCGUCUCCAUCUUCAACGAGAAUCAGCUGACGUUAGAACUGGCGGUGGUCCAAACCAUUCCACAAAGCCUGCGUCCAGUCAGGAACAGUCAAGGUCUGCAGCUUCUGACAAUAUAAGUAGACAAUCCACUUCAACUAAUCAAAACACUGAGUCCUCUGCUACGGCCGAGGCCAUUGUCGAGGGCGAGUCAACUCAGGGUCGACCAACGGACGCCUCGCCUCCAACCGCAACUGCAGUUACUGACGGGGACGAUUCUAAAGAGCCGGCUUCUGCACCGCCGACCAAAAAAGAGGAAAAGAAAAAGUUCACAUUGGAUCCAAAUGCACCCGAAUUCAAGCCGUCUGGAAUGACUCAUCCACCGGUAGAACCUGCUGUUUUACCACAGUUGGCUCCUUCAUACUCUUACAUAAAUUCUGGCUUCUCACAGCCCAUACAGUGUGCUCCACUUUCAGUUCCUGCAUUCCCAGUCCCUGGUCAACCACAUAUAAUUAACGGAAAUCUAAAUCCUGCUUCAGUGCCCUUUUGUCUGCCAUCGUCAGUAUCUUACGUGUUUCAACCAGGGCUUGCAUCUCAAAUGCCCACUGUAGCCGCUAUCCGUCAGCCACAAGGUGCAGUUUUUCCAGCGCAACAACUUGCUGUAAUUUCUCAGCCGCCUGUUAUGGGUACCCAGCAGACAACAAGUUCGGCAUCUACUUCUAAGUCCAACGCUCGAUCAAACGUGGCGAAUUGCGGUUACACUCGUCAACGAUCUAUGGAACAACCAGCCAUCCUCGGUGAUGCCACGAACGGUACCUCUCCAUGCGUGACGAUUGGCGGCAGCGGAUAUGGAGAGCUCUACCCAUUCUCUUCUCCAGCGCCGGAGACCGAAGGUCGAAGAACCACUCCCAUACCCUGA